AAGUUCAUUUCCCAGUGAACUUUUUAACAUUGUUAUUUAUUACUUAUAUUUUCAGUUGAGACGAAUAUUCGAAUAGAAAUGUUACAAAAACGACCCCUCAUUAUCACUAUGUUUUGGCACGCAGUGACCUAGAAGUUAUUAGAUCAUUAAAGUUCACUAGCUCCAAUAUUACAUGGAAAAUGUUUACAUUGAUGUAUAUCAAAUUCUGGAAAUGUUUAUUUAUAAGGAUAGUACAGUAAUCCAUAUUGAGGAUAAUAUUAUUUCUUCCCUCUGAUCAAGUCUGAUUGUUUCUGAUAUUUUGCAGUACGUUGAAAUCAAAACUAAUCCUUACACCUCCUUCAUGGCUGGAAAGCAAGAAAAUAACCUCACAAAAAAUUGUCAAACAUUUACUUUGCAUAGAAAAAAGCAACUCUGAUAUAAUAGGAAACAUUAAGAUAAUGAGAAUAAAUGUUUUGGACAAUUUAUGUUAUCCUCAGGGUACUUCGGAUCCGUAAUAGAUGUUCAUGGCUCAGCUAUGAAUUACGGUUCCUCAUUGCAUGUGUGUUUAAACUCUCAAUAAAACUACUAGCUCGUACUAUGACGUCAUGUAUAUUGCGCCUACAAAACCCCUGUAUUUAUGACUGGGUUUGUUAUACAUCUUUGUAAUGUAACUAUAUUUCGACAUUAUUCUAAAAAAAUUAAAAUCAUGCAUUAUUUACGUAUAACAGCUAUCCCAAUUUCCCAAAAAUUUAUGAAUGCAAGAUUAAAUAGAUGCAAUUAACAGGAAAAUACAUGUAUAUUACUGAUAGAUUUGAAACAUCUAAAAUAUACUCUUUUAAUGGUACAGCCUGUGAAGUAGGUACAUAUGGAGUAAACUGUACCGGAGGAUCAUGUAAAUAUGGCUUCUAUGGAUUUGGAUGUCAGAGUAAAUGUAGCUGUACAUCUGACCAAUACUGUGACAGGAGAACAGGGUGUGUUAACAAAACUUCAAAGGGAAUAGCUGACAAGAAAGAACGGUCAUACAUUAGUACAGUUGUUGCUGUUAUAAUGGCAGUAAUCCUCAGUGUCGGAUCUUUCUUAGUGGUCAUUGUCUUCUUUUACAAUGAAAGAUUAAAGUUUCUACAUCAGUAUUUGACAAGAUUGGGGACAAACCGAGUCGUAAACAAUGCAAGCCGUGAAUCGGAGCAAGAAGACUAUUCUCAGAUGACAAGGGCCUCAGACAACUACAACAUGCUUAUCCCCAACAAAAGAAUUAAUGUAGUAUCCAGAGUUAACUACACAGACGAGGAAGACAGUUAUGAUCAUAUUCGUCCCUUUGCCAAUAGUCAACCAGAAGAGUCCUAAGAUAGUUACUUUGUCCAUAUUCUCGGAUAAUCUAGGAGUAUGUAUUAAUUUGUACAACAAAGAGAAAAGUAAAAAAAGAGACAGAAAUAUGUAAAAAGUGAACAUAAAGAAUUGUUUUUACUGAUACUACGCAUGACUUGGGAAAUAACAAUGCUCUAAAUCAGAACAAUUUGUUAAAAUCCAAAGGACACAGAAAUUUAAGAGGCAACCAAAAUAUUUAUUCCCUGGUACGAUUGCCUUCAAAUUAUUUUGAACUUGAAAGCAGGUUUGGAAUGGAUGGAAAAAGAGACACAUGACUGAAACAAUAUGUGAAAGAGAAAAAAUAUU